AAAACAAAAUAAAAUAAAAAAACGCGUAGGAAAGAAAUUUAGACAGAGAGAAAAGAGUGGAGAAGAUUCUGAGUUCAUUCCAUAAUUCACUUCAUCACUUCUUACAUUACACUGUCUCUGAUCUUAUUUUGUGGAUCUUUCUUUCUUUCUUCUCCACCGACAAAACACAAAACACCCUUAAAUCCCUUUUUAUUUACGAUCAUACCAUCACCCUCUUCAUCUUCGAUUCUCUGCGUCGCACCUCACACAACAAUGCUGGAGCGGUGUCUCGGAUCUCGCCGUCUCCGUCAGAUGCAGCGCGCAUUCCGCCGCGGCACUCUCACCUUCCUCUGUCUCUUCCUCACCGUCAUCGUCCUCCGUGGCACAAUUGGCGCCGGCAAAUUCGGAACUCCAGAACAAGACCUCAACGAGAUCCGUCAACAACUCUACUCACGUGGCCGGCGCGUUGAGCCUCACCGUGUUCUUGAAGAAGUUCAAUCCUCCGAAAACAACAACGAUAACAACAACUACGCCACUUUCGAUAUCACGAAAAUCCUCAAAGAUGAAGAAGCUGGUGAUGAUGAAAAACGCGAUCCAAACACGCCUUAUACACUUGGUCCAAAAAUCUCCGAUUGGGAUGAACAACGUUCAUCGUGGCUGAGUAACAACCCUGAUUAUCCUAAUUUUAUAAAUCCUAAUAAGCCACGUGUUCUUUUAGUUACCGGUUCUUCACCUAAACCGUGUGAAAAUCCUGUUGGUGAUCAUUAUUUGUUGAAAUCGAUUAAGAAUAAGAUUGAUUAUUGUAGGCUUCAUGGGAUUGAGAUUUUUUAUAACAUGGCUUUACUUGAUGCUGAAAUGGCUGGUUUUUGGGCUAAACUUCCUUUGAUCAGGAAGCUAUUGUUGUCACAUCCUGAAGUUGAGUUUUUGUGGUGGAUGGAUAGUGAUGCUAUGUUUACUGAUAUGGCUUUUGAGGUUCCGUGGGAGCGUUAUAAGGAUCAUAAUUUUGUGAUGCAUGGUUGGAAUGAGAUGAUUUAUGAUGAGAAGAAUUGGAUUGGUUUGAAUACUGGAAGUUUUUUGUUGAGGAAUUGUCAGUGGUCACUUGAUAUUCUUGAUGCUUGGGCACCAAUGGGACCUAAAGGGAAGAUUAGAGAUGAAGCUGGGAAGAUUCUUACUAGGGAGUUAAAGAAUCGACCGGUUUUCGAAGCAGAUGAUCAAUCUGCUAUGGUUUAUUUGUUGGCAACUGGGAGGGAACAAUGGGGUGGGAAAGUUUAUCUUGAGAAUCAUUAUUAUUUGCAUGGUUAUUGGGGGAUUUUGGUUGAUAGAUAUGAAGAGAUGAUUGAGAAUUAUCAUCCUGGUUUUGGUGAUCAUAGAUGGCCCCUUGUUACUCAUUUUGUGGGGUGUAAACCUUGUGGGAAAUUUGGUGAUUACCCUGUUGAGAGGUGUUUGAAACAAAUGGAUCGUGCUUAUAAUUUUGGUGAUAAUCAGAUAUUGCAGAUGUAUGGUUUUACUCAUAAGUCACUUGCUAGUAGAAGGGUGAAAAGAGUUAGAAAUGAGAGUAGUAAUCCUCUUGAUGUUAAAGAUGAACUUGGAUUGCUUCAUCCUGCUUUCAAAGCUAUCAAGUUGCCAACUUCUUCUUGAUUGUUUUGUUUUUUACAACAGGUUAUGAUUAGCUUUCACAAGAUUCAGCUAUUGUUUCCCUUUUCCAUGAUUGCAUCCCCACUAUACUAUGAUCUCUUUGCAAUCAUGUAUGUAAUUGUUGCUAUUCAUCUCUUUAUUUAAUGAUCAAAUCUGUAAUCUUCUAUUUAUUUUGCUUCAUCUAAUCGUUGUAUUAGUAUUGGGUUAUAUUGAAUUUUGAAGAGAACAAAUAGUCAAAUACCCUUCAUUUCAUAUGUA